AUGAAACUUAUGAGAAAGAACAGAAAUCAUGGAUAUAUUCGUGGAUGUUAUAAUACUCAACAAUACUUUAAAAUAUAUAAAACUGCUCUUGAUCAUGGACAUGUAGUUAAUAUAUUAGCUGAUUCUCCAUUACGUGGAACAAUUACACCACCAUCACUCUCAUCAGUAUUUAUUCCACUUCCAGAUCCUAGUCUGGACUAUAUCCAUCGGCAACAAACAUUACCAAGAUAUUUCCUUGCAACUUCUGUUAAAGUUGACCAACCAAUAUUACGGUUUCAAACAACACUUAAAACAGAAACUAAAGAAGAGACUGGAACUGGUUUAAUAAAGUCUAAUCCAAGAAGAAUAGUACCAACAUUACACAAUGACAAAAAGAAAGGUGUUUCAUUACCUACAUCAUUAGAAUCGUCACCUGGAAAAACAACAAGUUCUGCAUCUAAAUUACAUAAAUUAAUGAAAAUGGAAGAAAAAAUAGAGAAAGAACGAGAAAAACAACUUGAAAAGGAAAGAAAGAAAGAGGAAAAACAACGAAAAAAAGAAGAAAAGAAAGCAAUUAAAGCAAAUAGUCGAGGAAGUAGUAAAGAACGAUCUUUUGAUAAGGCAGAAGAAAAAUCAAAAAAUUUAAUCACAUCAAAAAAAAUAACAAGAAAUUCUAGUAACAUAAAUUUAACAGGAAGUUUUAAAGAUAUUUAUUCAGUUGGAAGUGUUCAAGAAGGAACAAUUAAUGAAGUCACAUUAGCAUUACCAAAAAGAUCUGAUUCUAUGGGAUCUAUUAAAAAGAAAAAAUGGGGAUUUUCUUUUUUCCACAGGGAAAAGAAAGACAAAAAAGAUUCAACAAGUCAACAAGAUUCUCUCAAUUCACAUGACUCUGAAAUGUAA